UGACUGAUGACUUCCGUCAGUUCGGGGACAGGUGUAAGGAUGGAGCACCGAGAUGAAAUUUCUAGAGCGUUGAACAUCCCGAGGGAAUAUACCAGACGUAUCUCCAAAACUAGGGUCGUCUGUUUGGUGUCUGAUGACUGGCUGCAGCUUGCUCUUCAGGGUAAUGUUGACGGACACAAAUGGGGGCAUCUGUUGACAGUACCAGAGUGUGAUCGUCUCCUUGCUCUGUCUACCGGCACGACACAACAUCCAUGGCUGAGAAUAUCUGUCAAAAGCAUACUUAAAUCUGAUCAACUGAUCGAUUGGCCCCAGGAUGAAGCCAUGUAUAACCCGGAGCUUGAUGCCUCACUGCUCGGACAUCUGUCAGAGACAAGUAAGGAAAACUUCCAGAACUUAUGGAGAUCUGCAUAUGAGCGUUACCAUGGGGGCGAGGAGGACAAGAUGACACACAGACAGACACAGUUUACGGAAGCAGUGAGACAAUACCUCCAACAAAUUCAUCCCCACGCUUAUAACAGUCUCAACAAACACAAAAACCACCAAGUGGAUCCACCUUCAGACCGACUUACUGUGCCCUCAACUUUUCUCCAGAAUACUGUUCCAAUCUUAACCAUAGUUGAAACAGAUGUGUAUUUUCACCUUAUACAGCCAUACUUUGCACAAUCUCUUCAUGAUGUGGUGACUUUUAGUCCUUCAAUAUUUGAAUCGUCUUUCAGCAAGCCUCUCUUUGUGUUGUACCAGAUACUUCAGUCCAUGAGAAUGUUCCACAAGCACGGAUUGUCAGCAGGCGAUCUAAACAUGAGGAAUAUUUUGAUAGAUCAUAAGCUGUGGGUGUAUCUUGCUAAUGUACCGGUGGGACUUAUAUGUCCGAGUGCUGGGUCUGGUGGCUCUCAAGACUCGGACACCCUUAAUACCCUGGAAAGUCAGCCGGCUACAUUAGCUGGCCAGACUGGAGACCAGGUUAUGACAGGUCCUUUACUUCAGAGACUUCGCAGUGAAAGUGACACUAUGGUAGAGGAUGCACGAAAAUAUUUACAGUCUAGUCAAAAUUUGAAAUUUGAAAUUAAAUAUCUUCCUGAUUUUGUAGAACAGUGGGUUAAUAGGAAGAUAAGUAAUUUCAGAUACCUAAUGGUGCUAAACACACUAGCAGGAAGAAGAGCGGGUGAUCCAAAUCAUCACCCAGUCUUGCCGUGGGUCAUGGACUUUUCUGGCCCUGAUUAUGGCUUCCGUGAUUUGAAAAAAUCCAAAUAUAGACUAAACAAGGGAGAUAAUCAACUUGAUUUGACGUAUGAAGCAUUUUCAGGUCUCUCGGAUGAUUCUCACAUUCCUCAUCAUGUUUCUGAUGUUUUAUCGGACAUAACAUACUAUGUAUAUAAAGCAAGACGCACACCAAAGUCCAUUCUGUGCACACAUGUAAGAUCCCGGUGGGUUCCAAAUGAGUAUCCCAGUAGUAUGCAAAGGAUGCAAGAAUGGACUCCAGAUGAAUGUAUACCUGAAUUCUUCACUGAUCCUACCAUUUUUACAUCUAUGCACGAGGACUUGCCUGACCUUGAGUUACCUCCCUGGAGCAAGACUGCGGAAGACUUCAUCAGUAAACAUAUGGAGGUUCUAGAAAGUGAGCAGGUAUCCAGCUGCCUCCAUCACUGGGUUGAUCUCACCUUUGGCUUCAAGCUGACAGGAUUGGCUGCCGUGAAGUCGAAGAAUGUGAACCUACAGUUGGUGGAUGAGCAUAAACAUGUGACAAACAGGGGUGUUGUACAGUUGUUCAAUGUGCCCCACCCUCACAGGAUCCCAGUCUCCCAAAGGACCGGACACAAGCCUCCGAGGCUGCUGAAGAAUAUGCUGCCAUCUCAGAUGCUGGGUGAUCUGGUAGAGGAUAUAAGCUCAGGUGACAAAAGGUCGUCUGGAACAAGUCAGACAGUCAAUGCCCAGCGCCCUGAACUAGCCACCAUCCGUCUUCCCAAGUCUUAUGACCCAGUAUCUGAGCUGGAUCAGCUAGAGUCUCUGUACAGCUUCUCUAGUAGUACCAUGAGGGAGCUACCACACUCCACCUGUGUAAAGACUGCUCCUUCCCCGGUGAAUGGCUCCUCAAGUGUCCUGACACGUGACAUGCAGGCCUUUGGCUGUCUAGUGUGUGAGAUGUUCCUGGCAUCCUCUCUCCACAUGCAGCCCACAAAGACCUCCCUAACUCACCGAUACAAUGUCCUCAAGUCAACGUUUAGGGAAGGACAUGACAGCUUUCCCAGGUACAUUGUU